CCUUUCGACGUCGGUGGGCGGGCCAUUGGGCUUUUCGUAUCACGGUUAGUGGAGACACGACAGAAAAAUCUGCCCGCACCAUUUCUGACUCUGCGAUCCGGCACCAGUUGUUUGUAAUGUUAAAUGGGAUUCUUGCGGCUGAUUUAGAAGCCAUUUAUUUGGUUGAGCUGGAAUAUCAAGUUCAAGUGUUUGACUCCUUCUGAUUGUAACUGUUCUGAGCAGGAACUUCUUGUGAUUAAAAUGGCUACAUCUUCGUUGAAAGAAUACUUAAAGAAAUAUACCUGUAAUAGCGAAGAAGAGAAGAAAAAGAAGAAGAAGAGAAGGCCUAAACCUGCUGCCAAAGGUGUCGUUGUUGUUGAUGAAGAUCCUGUUUGGCAAAAGCCAGUUGACCUUGAAAUAGAAGAAGAUUCAACAGAUGAAGAGAAGCCACAAGUUGAUGAGGAUAUUGAAAUCAAACAUAUGAAAAGACUAGAGCAACUUAGAAUGAGACGGCCUUUUGGUGCCAUUUCUGAGGAUGGAAGUGGUUGGGUUUCUGUAGGUGAUAAUCGUAUACGCAUGAGUUCUGAUGAUCAGAAUUCUGACAGUUCUCCAGCUCGCAAAAGCAGGGCAUACGACAAUACCACUCUAAAAUUGGAGCGAAAGGAAUUCAGUGCAGUAGAUGCUGAUUUAUCUCCGCCGAGGCAACAUCGUAAAAUUUACCAGCUUGAUGACCAAAAUUCUGAUAUUUCCCCACCUCGCAAAAGGAGGGCUCGUAACACCAGUUUAUCACCAAAACAUGAACAAAAGCCUUCCACUGCUGCAGAUAUAGAUUUAUCUCCACCACGGCAGCGCCACAAGCGAUAUCAAAGUCCUUCUUCUCAACCUCAAAUAAAAGUACAAUCUUCUGGAGGCCGGAGAGCUCGCUAUGAUACACCUUCACCAGAACGCCUUUCUGAAGCUUUGAAGUUGAAAGGAGAUAUCGCUGAUUUGUCCCCACCACGGAAGCAAUGGACUGGAGAUAUUUCACCUCCAAGGAAAGGCGAGAAGGAUACAUUUAUUUCCACUGAUGUCUCUGCUAGAAAAUCAAGUCACAAAUUUGAGGACGAUGCUUCGGAUUUUGCAUCUCAGGUUUCAGAUCUUUCUCCUCCAAGGAAGAGGCGGAAAGGAUCGUUGCAUUUGACAGAGGAGCCAAUGACUGGUUUAGUUAGUGGGCAAGAUAUCAAAGAAGAAAUAUCUAAAAAGAAAGAGAGUGAUUGGUUGAGGUAUAGAGAGAUGGAUCCUACUGUGAGUGGCCGAGAUGCGGAACCCGUGUAUCGCAACAAAGUAACAGGAGAGCGAAUGUCAAAGGAUGAGUACUUAAAAUCUCAGAAGAAAGUGCAGAAGAAAGAAGAAAAGCCCAAGGAAAUAAAGCUGGAAUGGGGUAAAGGAUUAGCUCAAAAGCGGGAAGCCGAGGCUAGAAUGCAAGAAUUGGAAGUUGAGAAGGAUAAACCAUUUGCAAGGAGCAGGGAUGAUCCUGAACUUGAUAAAUUGUUGAAGGAAAGAGUCAGGUGGGGCGAUCCUAUGGCGCACUUGGUCAAAAAAAAGCAUUUGGAGCCAGUUCUUCCAGAUCUAGGUGAGGGUGCAAAGAUGAAAGAAUCAGGGUUCAUAAUUCCCCAGGAAAUCCCAAGUCACAGCUGGAUAAGAAGAGGACUGGAUGCUGCUCCAAACCGUUAUGGGAUUAAACCCGGGAGACACUGGGAUGGUGUUGACCGCAGUAACGGUACUGAGAAGGGACUGUUCAAAAGGAUGAAUGAUCAAAAAGCUACAGAGAGGGAAGCAUAUUUGUGGUCUGUAUCUGAUAUGUGAGUUGCUUCAAUGUAAGUGGAUGCUAUUUACAGAGGAAUGGAACGUCGAUUCUGUAAGAUUCAAGGGAUUAUUGGUACUAGCUGCCACUUUUAUGCAUCCAUGAGUCCCUUGUAAAUUUACUUUCUGAGUUUAGUAGCUAUUGCGUACGGAGUUUCUUGGCAAUUUUGAAGCACGUUUUUGACUCCGUAUUACAAAUGAUUUCACAUUUAAUAGAGAUUGUAACACAGUUGAUCGAUUGUGGACAUUAAGCUCUCGUCUCCAUGCUGUUCUUUGUUAUUUCCA